GACGUUUCCAUUUUCCCGUUUGAGUCCGCCCCCUCACUAGAACUCGCGAUUUAAUACCCUGGCGUAUCUUUUGAGAUUUGAAUGCAUUUCUUAAAGCCUUACUACAAAUUACAUUUUAAUUUUGGAGACUCGACUGCAUCGCCAUUUGUCAUGUAGGAGCGGUUUUGAUAAAGGUGUUGUUCUUUCAAAGAUGGUGUUAGUGAGGAGAGUGGUGUGAAAGAAUGGACGUCUUGAGAGGGAAAUGGAAGGAAAAAUGCAUUCUGAACGUUUGCGCUCUGCUCGUAUUGUGCUGGUCAGUAGACCCCUCCCUCUCGGCACCACCACCUCCUAGGACCCAGGAGUUUCAAUGCCCUGAGGGGAGUCAUUACCACAAUGCUAACGGGACAUGCUGUCGAAAGUGCCAUGAAGGGUUUAAGCUGGAGGAGCACUGCACUAAGGACGGCGGGGAUAGCAAAUGUGCCUCCUGUGAAGAGGGCCAGACGUACCGAGAGAAGAGUAACUAUGCCAAUACCUGCCUCCGAUGUACACUCUGUGUUGGCAAUGAGGAAGUGGUGUCAUCAUGCAAGAAGAGUAAGAACACAAUGUGCCACUGCAAAAAAGGCUUCUACAAAAAUAGAAUAAACUCGGGAACACGGGAGUGCCUCACUUGCAAGACAUGUGGACCUGGAGAGAGAGAAACGCAACCAUGUACUCAAGAGAAUGACAGAGUGUGUGAAUGUGAGGACUUCUACUUCCGAGACAAGAACAACAAGGCCUGUCGUCCAUGCAAAAUUUGUGAGCUGACUACUGACUGCCAGCAGGAGUGUUCUUUAGGCACACAUCCCACUCCCAAUUUCGAUGGCAGUGCACAUCCCAAAGAUACUGGAUGGCGUGUUUGGUCUCUCUACCUGUUGGUUGUGUCCGGCUGUGUUUGUGUGUUGUUACUGGUGAUUGUGGGGAUCAUGGGCGUACUUGUGGUCCGACGGAAACCAAAGAGGUCUAGCUCCUUUCCCUCUGCUGAGAUCACCUCUCAGGUCUCUGAGACGUCUACUCUGAGGCUGAUCCAAGAGGACCCAGAGAACGUUCUCAACCAGAGUAUUCCUUCAUGUAGCCCAGUGUGUAAGUGUGAACAGGAGCCCCUCAGCAAGCUACCGGACUGUGUCCCCAAGGAGAUCAAGAUCUCUGAGUUGAUCUACUCGGUGUUGGACCAAGUCCCCCCGCGCCAUGUGAAGGAGCUGGUGCGUUUGCUGGGUGUGAGUGACAUAGUGAUAGAGAGGGCUGAGAAUGACCACCUCCGUGACACUAAGGAAGCCCAGUACCAGAUGCUGAGGGUCUGGGCUAAGGGAAGUGCGCAGGGAGGGGGAGGGGUGCUAGCACGCCCUCUACUGUACCAUCUGCUGGAUAAGCUGAGAGACAUGGACCUGGGAGGGACUGCAGAGGAGCUGGAGACCAUGUAUGGAGAUCAGUAGAGGGAGAGAGAUGCAGACUGUAUAGACCAAGUAGGGGACCCUUACAGGUUUCUCUUCUCUAUGUCGACUCAAAAGAGAAACCGAGAGGGACCAAGACUAUUCAUCAUAUGUAUAGGAUAAUUAGGGGAGGGAGAGAGAGAGAUGGGUGAGGUGCUAAUGGGGAGAGAGAGAAGAUCAGCCACAUCCCCUUGUCCCUGACCUCACUUGUGUAGUCCUGAGAGAAUAGGAUUGGUACAGUGCAAGCAAUAUGGUAGUUGUUCCACCUGGUCCAGAUCUGAUAGACUAGGUGGAAGUGUUGCCAUGCUUUCACAAUAUGUCAUAAUGUAUUAUAUAACCUUUUGGCAAUGAGGCUGAUUAUUGAUUACCGACCGUACUGUUCUUAUAUGUUUUUCAAAUAUAUAUAUAUAUAUAUAUAUAUAUAUAUAUUCUUUGCACAUUCGAACCAAUGAGGAAUCUUAUGUUUAUAAAAAGCAGUUUUAGAAGGUGCUGUUUGUAAAACAGGCAAACUUGUAAUGUGCCACACACAGGUACGAGAACCACACUAACAAUUGAGUUAAACGCUGUGUUUAGGGUAAUACAGAUUUAACACCCAUCUAUAGUAUUACAGUUCUAUAUUACUGAGUAUUAGGUGGCGAUAGAUAGCCAGUAACUGAAAGGUUGCUGGUUCGAAUCCCUGAGCUGAUAAGGUGAAAAAAAUAGGUCUGUGCCAUUAAGCAAGGCACUUAACCAUACUUGCUCCUGUAAAUCCCUCUGGAUAAGGAUGGCUAAAAUGUAAAUGUGAAAUGUAUUAAUUACUAGUGUUGCAGUAGUACUCAAGCUAAUAUUUAGAUAGGAAUCUGUAUAGCUUUUAUCUUCCCUGUCUCUAUCUUGCAUUAAUCAACCACAAACAUAUCAAAAAUAUAUUAGCAUUAUAUGUCAUAUUUGAAGUCUUUGAAGUGGUUUUUAUAUGGUUAUUAAUGCUGCAUAGGAGGAUGUUGUAUAUUUGAAUGGUUCUUUGAUAAGUUUCUGCUUGGGCGUGAAGAUCAAACUACUGUAGUUUUGCUGUCUUUUACUACUGUCUUGAUGUACAUAUUCUUGUUUUACAAAAUAAGUUAGGGAUGUAUCAAUCUGUUAUAUUUCUUUACUAUUCAGUGUGCAGUGCAUUCCUCCUCUAAAAAUCACACCCAUCCAGGUUGUCUCUGUGCCAUGGUUUUUGAUUACCACAAGUGAUUGAUUCUUAUAUCUGUACAGUAAUAGUUGUGUCAGUACUGUUAGGGAACAGACAGGUCUUCUGUAGGUGUUAUCCCUGAGUUAUUGACAUUCCUUAAAGCCCCAUCAUCAUGCUGCCAUUAUUCAGGAUCACUUAGUCAGAGGACACACCUGUCACUCUGCAUGGCUGACUGAUCUCUGGGAGACUUAACAUGGAAACUAGGGAUGGGUCGAUGGAUAGAUAGCACUCAAGUUUCUAGUUUUUAAUGUCAGGUGCACAAGUACAGUGAAAUGCCAUGUAUUGGAUUUUAUAAUAUUUUACAGCACUUUUUAACAUUGAAUUGUUACUGGUGAUUUUACUAAAGACAAACUAGUUUUAUUCUCAAAUCACAUACAAUAUAUGCAGACAUUGAUUUGUUUUGAAUAAGGUGGGGGACGUGCUCAACAAAGUUGAUCAAUUGUAUAUAUUUUUAAAAUAAAAAAUCCCUUGUAAAAGUGA